CCGUAUGGGGGUCCGGGUCCAAACUACGAAGCUACAAUAAAUUACGGUUCAUAAGUUAGUUCAAACGUAAAAGCUCAUCGUUUUGUGAACCUGUACAACAAGAGAUCUGUAAAACCUUGAAGAAAAUGAACAUGAGUACCCCCUUAGAUCCAGUUGCAAGCAGUGAAUCAAAGGUUUUAGAUGCUUUGAAAUCGAGAUACACUUGCAUACAUGAACCUCUGCCUGUUUCUGCUUCUGCUGAUUAUUAUUAUUCUACAACUUCAGAUAAUAAUAAUCAAAGAUAUUUAACCUCACUUAGGGUUUUUGGCAGUCGAGAGGUGGAAGAACCUACCAGUUCGUCUAAUCUGGUGGUGGAUCAAAAUAUCAUAGACCCACAGAUAGUUAAAGAGAAGGUUACAGCUGCACUUAAGGCUUUAAGUUUCCGUGAGCCACGUGUGCUUGUUCAGUUUUGGUCACCUGUUGCUGUCAUGAAGCGGUGCUUGCUAACGACUUUGGACCAACCUUUUGGUCUUGGUGCGAUUGACGAAGGCCUUUACAAGUAUAGGUUGGAAUCUGAGCAGCGCGUGUUUGUCGUGGAUGGAGAGCAUAGAGAAGAACUAGGCCCUCCUGGUCGUGUUUAUCGCCAAAAGUUGCCAGAAUGGAGUUUGGACAUGCAUGGGUAUAUCAAUUUGCCUGUAUUUGAACCUCACAGUGGUUGCUGUGUAGGCGUACUCGAACUCAUAACAUCGUCAAAGUAUACUGAUUAUGCUUUCGAGGUUCGACAAGUCUCAAGAGCACUGAAGGAAGAGAAUCUGAAGUCUCCAAACGUGCUUGAGGAUACGAGCUUUUACGCACGUGCUGGAGAUGAAAAACGGCAACUUGAAUUGGAUGAAAUCUUCAGGACUUUAAAGACAGUAUGCGAUAUUCAUAAUAUACCUCUAGCUCAGACGUGGGGUCCGUGUGGAUACAGUAGUGUCGUUGCCAGUUCCGGAAAUCUAGAAAGAAGUUGUAGUAGCUUUAGUAGAAACUGUAUAGGGAAAGUCUGCAUGUCAACCGCUGCUCUACCGUUCUACGUACGAGAUUUGAGCAUGUGGGGAUUCCACGAAACCUGUAGAUCACGACACCUGGACAAAUCUCAAGGAAUUGUUGGAAGAUCAUUGUCGUCUCACGGUUUAUGUUUUUGUGGAGAUGUAAGUAAACUCGGUGAAGAUGAAUACCCCUUGGUUGCGUAUGCGCGUAUGCAUGGAAUAACUAGUUGUUUAGCUAUCUAUCUCAAGAGUCCUGAAGUGGACGAUGAAUAUGUUCUAGAGUUAUUUUUACCAACACAGAAUGAAAAUGAAGCAGACCUACAAAGUUUGGUGAAAACCGUAAAAGAGCAUAUUAAAAAUGCUUCUAGGAUAGAACUAGGUGAUAUAUCGUCACCCCAAGUCAUCGGGGGAGAACCUCUUACUUGGAAUCUCGAGUCUUUGACGUUGACUGAAAAAGAAGAGGUCCCACCAGAGUUGGAAAAUUUACAUCUACUGGCAGAGAAUGGAAAAAACGAUUGUGAUGUUGAUAUUGGAUUAAAUCAUGUGGAUCAUAUGGAGGAAGAUAAGUCGUCAAAUUCUGCUGCUGCUGGAGCAAAUGAUAAUCUUGUUUCUUAUAUGAAUUUUGGAACAGGAGAUGCUGAUAUUGAUGUGGGGGGAUUGCCGAUAAAAGAAAUUGAUUAUUCCAAACAACCGAUUAGAAAAAAGAAAACUGACAAGCCGAUUAGUUUAGAGGAAGAUAAGCCAUCAAAUUCUGCUGCUGCAGGAACAAACGGGAAUGUUGUUCCGUAUUUGGAUGUAGGGAUUGAAGAUGUCGAUAUAAAUACAGGGAAAAGGAGGGGAAAAUACAUUGACUUUUCGAAAGAACCAAUUAGAAAAAGGAAGAGAACCGACAGGUCAAUUAGUGUAGAGGAAAUUAGCAAAUAUUAUGGGAAAACGAUGGAGGAAGCUGCAGAGAGCCUUCAUGUCAGCAGGUCUACCUUAAAGCGCAUUUGCAGGAGUCAUGGUAUACCAAGGUGGCCAUAUAGCCGGACUCCCAAUGAAACCGACCCCCUUCCGAAGCCGGACCAAACAGAUGCAGCCGUCCAUGCAUCUGACAGAGCUCUUACGACCCUCGUUUUAGGCACUUCUAAUGCAACAAACACCACUCAUGAUCCUGCCACUCUUACACAACACAGUAAGCAUACUUCCCAACUUGUACUCCACCCAACGCAACAAAAAUAUCCGCCUGACGGACGUGCAAAGCCCGAGACAACCGUCAAAGACAAGCAUAUCAAGAAUGCUGCAGCAAACACAUACACGAUUAAGGUAACAUACAGAAAAGAUACCGUGAAGUUUUCAUUUAGACUGUCAGAUGGACUGGCAAGGUUGGAGAAACUGGUUGCAACACGGUUUCAGCUAAGCGAUGGAAGCUUUAGCCUGAAAUAUGAAGAUGAAGAUGGUGAUAUAAUAUUGAUUGCUUGUGACAAUGACUUGACUGCAUCAUUGGGUGCUUUUAGACAACCAGAUGCUCAGACUGUGAUCAGGCUAUCGGUUUGGCCUGUUGCCGGUCAGAACCCUGAUGCUUAGACCUUAGUCUUAUAAAACUUAUGGUGCUUGUAAUGAGAUCAAUCAUUUGGUAGUCAUACUUGGAAAAAGGUUCUACUUGGAAGGUGGUGUUUUCUGUAGGUGUUAAAAGAGCCUUUAUUAACUUUGAUAAUUUAAUCAUUAGACUUUAUAAAUCUAAACUAAUGCAAUGAUGUCAUUUGGUCAA